UAUAUUGGCACGCGUGGGUAUUCCUUUAUCCUUCUACGAUUUCUAUAAUUUCGUAGCAUUCCUUGGUGACUCUUAGUUGCUGUACAGGACAAAUCGUCUUUAAAGCUUCUCUCAAUUUUCUUUGUGAACAUUGUGGUUUCUAUUGCUGUUCAAACGCUUCUUAUCGCUUUCAUAACAGAUCAAUCAUGCAGAUCUUUGUGAAGACCCUUACAGGAAAAACAAUCACCCUCGAGGUUGAAGCUUCCGAUACAAUUGAAAAUGUCAAGGCCAAGAUCCAGGACAAAGAAGGCAUUCCACCUGACCAGCAGCGAUUGAUCUUUGCUGGCAAGCAGCUGGAAGAUGGAAGAACGCUUUCCGAUUACAAUAUUCAGAAAGAAUCAACGCUUCAUUUGGUUUUGAGACUUCGCGGAGGCAUGCAGAUUUUUGUUAAGACCUUAACAGGAAAAACCAUCACUCUCGAAGUCGAAGCUUCAGAUACUAUUGAAAAUGUUAAAGCUAAGAUCCAAGAUAAAGAAGGCAUUCCUCCAGAUCAGCAACGUUUGAUCUUUGCUGGUAAACAACUCGAAGACGGCAGGACACUCUCCGACUACAACAUCCAAAAGGAAUCUACUCUUCACUUAGUUCUUCGACUUCGUGGAGGUAUGCAGAUCUUCGUGAAAACUCUGACUGGGAAAACCAUUACAUUAGAAGUAGAAGCUUCAGAUACGAUUGAAAAUGUCAAGGCCAAAAUUCAAGACAAAGAAGGCAUUCCUCCAGAUCAGCAACGUUUGAUCUUUGCUGGUAAACAACUCGAAGACGGCAGGACACUCUCCGACUACAACAUCCAAAAGGAAUCUACUCUUCACUUAGUUCUUCGACUUCGUGGAGGCAUGCAGAUUUUCGUGAAGACUCUCACUGGGAAAACUAUCACUCUUCCUCCAGAUCAGCAACGUUUGAUCUUCGCUGGUAAACAACUUGAAGAUGGACGCACGCUAUCAGACUACAAUAUCCAAAAGGAAUCAACGCUUCAUUUAGUUUUACGACUUCGUGGUGGUAUGCAGAUCUUCGUGAAGACUCUCACUGGGAAAACUAUCACUCUGGAAGUUGAAGCUUCGGAUACGAUUGAAAAUGUCAAAGCUAAAAUUCAGGACAAAGAAGGCAUCCCCCCUGAUCAACAACGUCUAAUUUUCGCCGGCAAACAGCUGGAGGACGGAAGGACGCUUUCUGAUUAUAAUAUUCAGAAAGAAUCAACCCUUCACUUGGUACUUCGUUUGAGGGGUGGAAUCUAACUUGGGAAACGAACAUUGAGAAAACGUAGUCAAAAUUAGUAGUAACGGAUGUAGCAGUAGAUAUUUUUACUUUUGUUUCCACAUUAUUAAAAAUGUAACAUUGAUGCUUCGAAUGCAAAUAAAACAUUUAGUUUAUGAA